CAACAACAACACCUACGAAGACAACCAUCGCCCUCUGCUACCCACCAAGCAUGGACGACGCAUACCAACCCGAGACCCGGGCGCCUCCUCCAACGGGCCCUCCGCCAGCCUAUGCUCGUGUGCUCAAUCGCGUGUAUCCGUACAGCCUUCGGCCAAUCCUGCUCUUCUCGACGGUCAUCUCCUUCAUCUACCUUGUGCUUCUGGGCGCCGGCAACUUCAAAGACGCUGGACACAAGGAGGAGACGGGCAAGCUCAAGCUCUUUGAAAUUGUGUGCGGUGCCCUGUUCAUGGGAGCUGCCGCCGUUGAAGUCUUUGGAUUCUUUGCAGUCUAUACUCAACGACUGCCCCUGGCCCGCACGUACUCGUGGGCCUCUCUCCUCGCCUUCGCUGCGGUUAUUGCAUCGGAGCUGCUCGGCAUCGUCGUCACCUUUACCCUCAAGACGGACAUCGUCAACGUGUGCACAGCGCGCCACACAGGCCGGACCGAAUCGGACGGCGGCCUCCUCGACAUCUCUCCCUCGAACAAUGGUACACUGACGGAGGCCCAAGCGAGGACGUACUGCGAGUCGCAGUGGAGCUCUGAUCGUACCUGGACGAUCAUCUGGCUGAUCGUCACAAUCUUUGUCGGCACCUUCUUCGUCAGCUUUAGCUUCGGCUACGUCCGACAGCUCCUCGACCCGCUCAGCGUCCGUGAAAGACCAGCGGCAACCUUUUGGGGACGAAGGCAGCAGCAGGCGGCACCCUCUGCGCAGUACGGGCAGGGCGCUCCAUACGAUACCGACGCAUACUACCAGACGCCCUACAAUGGAGGUCACUACGCAAACAAUCCGUACAGCUAUCCUCCACCUCCCGGACCUCCUCCGUCAGGUCAUGUGCCCCCUCACUAUGGCCAGCAAGACAGAAUGCCGCCGACCUAUGACGGCGUGAACCGGCCAUCGAGUGUCAACCUGGACGAUGCCAAGCGCGCGCCUUAUGGCCACCAGCAGGCUGGCCCCUUCUCUGAUGACCAUCAGGUCACUGACGGGCCUCGGCCUGGAAGCUCACGGGGCGUGCAUGCCGGCGGCGAUGAAGAUGACGACGAGCGACGUGGAAGCUUCGACACGCUCAAGGGUGACGACACUGACGCGCAUUCUAAGUCGCACAACAAGUCACCCCGUGAUGACGACUACGUCCCUCGCAUCUGAUCACUUUCCCCUCAUCGCCUUUCUCUGUAUCGUAUCGAAGCUAACACCUCCUCUGUGACUGUCAAAAGAUUAUUUCAUUACCGCCCUUGCUCAUGCAAAGGCGGGAUUGUAUUACAGAUUCCGUAAACAGCUACAUUCUAUGUCGCUUGACUGGCC